AUGGUAGCAUGGGGUAAAGAUACUGCGCGGCCUAACCUGCCCGCUGAGCGCGCUGUCAUCUUUAAUGCCUGUACUCUGUACUCCGUAUCACACAAUACGACGGCAACUUUCGCAGGAGAAUGCUGUGGGUUGGGCCACGCUCAUCCUUCUUCUUCGCGAAAAACUCCAUACAGAUACCCCAGAGACGCAGAGACGGCCGCCGCCCCCUCCACCCUCCCUUACCGCUGUGCCGUCCCACGACCCUCAACCCCGGACGCAGGAAAGAGGAGGGCUGCUGACCAACAACCCCGGUUCGAAAUCUCACACCGAGACGGGAGUCCCCGGAACCGGUCAGCGCUAUGGAGGAAGGAUGUCAUUCCCGCCCGCUCUCCCUUCCUCCCCAUGUGA